ACCCUUCACCGAACAGUCUGCACACGCCACACGAACUCAAUCUCCUUCCCCAUAUUUAUUACUCCACAGUCCACACCCCAAGCGCUUAGUUUAUUCAGUUUCAGUUCAUUAAAUUAAAUUGGAUAACAGAAGCUCCCUCCUUUCAUCUGGCAAACUGUAAAAAACAUGGCUCUGUUUCAUAGCCGCAUUCCGUUUUCAGCAUCUGCAUCUCUUUCUGCAAAAAGAGACCUUACUAAAUUGUUUCUUGGAAGUAACCCACUUGCCAAUAUCACCCAAAAAAAGUUUUCAACUCUUCAUUAUGCUUUGACCAAUUCCUCCAAUAAGCACUCAUCCAUAUCCACAUUUAGUGAGUUGAUCGAGGCUUUAAUUAGUGGGAAAGACUUGACGGAGUCUGAAGCAGAAGAAUCUCUUGAUUAUUUGUUGGAUGGUGCUGAUGAAGCUUUAAUUAGUGCUUUUCUUGUUCUUUUGAGAGCUAAAGGUGAAACCUUUGAAGAAGUAGUGGGAUUGGCAAGGGCAAUGAUAAAGCAUUGCAGACAAGUGGAAGGCUUAGGUGACGCGGUUGAUAUUGUUGGAACAGGAGGGGAUGGCGCAAACACGGUGAAUAUCUCAACAGGUGCUUCAAUACUUGCUGCAGCUUGUGGUGCAAAAGUAGCCAAGCAAGGUAAUAGGUCGAGUUCAUCCGCUUGUGGGAGUGCAGAUGUAUUGGAAGCACUAGGCAUUGCCAUUGAGCUGGACCCUGAGGGAGUGAAAGAGUGUGUAACUCGAGCUGGAAUCGGUUUCAUGAUGGCUCCAAUAUAUCAUCCAGCAAUGAGGAUUGUCAGACCUAUCAGGAAAAAGCUGAAAGUAAAGACAGUGUUCAAUAUCUUGGGGCCUAUGUUGAACCCAGCAAGAGUGCCAUUUGCUGUAGUUGGAGUUUACAAAGAAGACCUGGUCCACAAAAUGGCUAAAGCAGUCCAGAGAUUUGGCAUGAAAAGAGCAUUGGUUGUUCACUCAGAAGGCCUAGAUGAGAUGAGUCCUCUUUGUAUGGUCCCCUUCCACGACACUAGCCCUGGAUUAGUCCUUGAUGUCACACCAGACAAUAUUGAGAAGUUCUCCUUUGAUCCGUUGGACUUUGGCAUCCCGCGUUGUACUCUGGAAAGCUUGCGAGGUGGAGGUCCAGAUUACAAUGCCAAGAUGCUCAAACACGUGCUGUCCGGGGAAAAAGGGCCGAUUGCUGAUGCAUUUGCACUAAAUGCAGCAGCUGCUCUCCUGGUGAGUGGACAUGUUAAGAAUCUGGCUGAAGGAGUUGCAUUAGCUCGUGAGACACUAGUCUCCGGCAAAGCGCUGAAGACACUUGAUCUAUGGGUAGAGGUUUCGAAUGAGGUGAAGGAAGCAGUACCUCAGGUCGCUUGAUCGACCUUCUGCAUGAAAUCAUUGAAAAUGCCAAACUGACCAUGUUAAGUGCAUUUGACCAGGCAGAGAUAUUCUUACGGCUCAACUUUGCUGCUAAGUUAUCGUUAACAGAUUCAAAAUCAGAGAAAGAAUGGGAUGCACUACUCAACUUGCAAUUUUAGCUUGGAGAAGGAUCAGAGGAAAGGGUUAAAAAAAAGAACAAAAAUAACUGUAGCUUUGGCUAUUGAAAUUUUAAGGCAGCUGUAGAUUUCUGUACACAUUGCUUGUAAUACUCAUUAGUGACAAUGACCAAGCAAAAGAAUAACCAAGUGCAGAAAGAUGUACCAAAUUUGGUGUUCCCUCUUCACGAACUUGUACAAUCACUACGAAGACUCUAUUAUCAAAGAAAUAAGGAAAGGGGUGACAUUUGGCACCAGAUAUUCGGAA